AAUCCAUACUCAGCAACUCCGCCUUGUCAAAAAAAAAAAACUCCGCCGCCGUCAAAUCAAACUCCAAGGCCCAAAAUUUGAGCAGAGUGAACAAAUGGCGGAAGUGGUUCUUCUGGAUUUCUGGGGUUCCCCAUUUGGGAUGAGGGCAAGAAUAGCUCUGGCGGAGAAAGGCGUGAAGUAUGAGUACAAGGAAGAGCAUCUACUGACUGGGAAGAAGACGCCCCUGCUUCUGGAGACCAACCCAGUUCACAAGAAGAUCCCAGUCCUCAUCCACAACGGCAAACCCAUCUCUGAAUCCCUCGUCAUUGUUCAGUACAUCGAGGAUGCUUGGAGCGACACAGCUCCGCUGCUGCCGGCCGAUCCUUACGGCAGAUCUCAGGCCAGGUUCUGGGCUGAUUUUGUCGACAAGAAGAUAUACGACCAGGGGAAGAAGAUAUGGGCGAACAAAGCAGGAGAAGUACAGGAAGCAGGCAAGAAGGAACUGAUGGAGAGCUUGAAGCUACUGGAAGGAGAGCUAGGAGAGAAGCCAUUCUUCGGAGGGGAAACCAUCGGGUAUGUGGAUGUGGCUUUGGUGCCUUUCUACACAUGGUUUUACUCCUUCGAAACAAUCGGCAACUUCAGCAUCGAGGCAGAGUGCCCCAAACUAAUUGAAUGGGUUAAGAGGUGCUUGGAGAGGGAGAGCGUCUCCAAAUCCUUGGUUGACCCGGAGAAGGUCUACGUUGACCUCAUCCUGGUGCUCAAGAAAAUGUACGGUUACGAGUAGAAAAAAAAAAUGUUCAGUGAUUCUGUUUUUCACUUUCCCUUGUUGGGGGUGUUAAAAACAAAUUUGCAAUGUGAUUUGCUUUCCGUUAUGGCUAGAGGAACUUGGUGGGGAGAAUAAGGUUCAACUGAUGUAUGGGAACUAUUUGGCAUCAAUGAUGAUGGAUGGUCUAUCUAGUAAGGUUGAUGUGAUAAAGCGGUUUUGGGAUUUGGCAGCUUAGGUCGGAUUUGUACAUGUUGUAUUGAAUAUUACAUACUAGCU